AUGAGGAUCAAGCUGUGGCUUCAGACUAUUUCCUUCUUCCUUUUGCUCCACUACACUACGAGUUCUGAAAACCUCACUUGUUUUGUGGACUACGUACAGACCCUGUCCUGCAUCCUGAGAAACGACUUGGGUGCCAGUCCAUAUAACCUCACUGCAACGUGGGUUCUUGAGGAUGACCCAGCAAACCCUGUGGCUGCCUGCAGUCUGCUGCAGCUGUCCAGGAACACCAGUCACACUCGGUACGCGUGCGCUGUGGACAUGACUGAGCUGCCGGCAGAUGCCAAAGUCCAGGUGGAUGUUACAGAGAGAGCUGAUGGGCAGCACGUGAUUUCCAAAGGCUUUUAUAUGGCAGAGAACAUCAGACCACAGCCUCCGUUCAAUCUGACUGCUGUGUUCUCAGAGGGCUACAAUAUUUCUUGGGAAACUAUCUACCAGAACUCUCCUUUCUACUUUUUGGAUGAGGAGCUGGAAUAUCAGCUGCGUUAUAAGAGAAGGACCGACACCUGGGAGACUCAGAAGACAAAAGCUAUCCAUGAAGAUAAGCGGACACUGGUGAUCCUGCCGUGGGAGCUCCAGGCGAACACUGAGUACGAGUUCCAGGUGAGGGCCAGGCCCCGAGAAGACACGAGCUACAGUGGAUUUUGGAGUGAAUGGGGUCCUCCACUGACGCUGAAAACCAGACCUGCCGCAGUGACACAGACCACAGGCAUGGGAUGGCUGCUGCUGUUUGGUGUUGUCGUGGCAAUCACUGCCUCAAUCACAACCUUUCUGGCCAAACAGCGGAGCUUGUGGGAGAAGAUGGCUUGCAUCCCAGACCCUGCUUCCUUCUUCAAACCACUUUACCAGGUGCAUAAUGGAGAUUUCAAGAAGUGGGUUGGUGCAUCCCAUACAAAAAUGACUUUCGACCUCUUUGACUGGGGAGCAGUCCUGCCAGAAGUCCUAGAAGUUUACACCAUGCGUCCUUCCAGCAGCACCUCGCAGGAGGAGCUGCAUGAGCUGAGGAAAGAUCUGCCCUGCAAGCCCUGUGAGUCUUGCCUGGCCACCCCAGGUCAGGACAGCCAGUCUCUGCUGUCCAGCGUGAACGGCAGCAGUGAGGCUCGGGACCGCUCAUAUGGACACUUGUCCAUCGAUACAGUGACUGUGGCUGAUGAAUUCACACCUUGUAACUGCCAGUGCCAGUGUAACCGUGUGUACGGGGGGCACAAGCGUACUGGCGAGGAAAAUAGUGCUGGAGAAGCCGGUUACCCCAAGGUUAACUUGGAUAACGAAGACAGAAAGGCAUCCAGUGAGUUGCAUCUGGCUGACCUGAGCACACAGGACAAAAUACUUGCUUCAGGCUCUGUGUCCACAGACCACCCGAGGAGUACAAGUGUCACAGCCCACCGGCAAGUAGAAAGGGCUUUGGAAGGUAUGAGGAGCAUCCUUGAAGCCCAUUGCUUGCAUCCUAAUCAGUGGGAUUUGGAAAAUUCAGCUUCUCUACCUUCUCCUGAUGGUGAAAGUGUUUCCUACAGCGAAGGCUCCUGUGACUUCUUCCCUCACAUUGCGAGGCCUGGUGACAGCUACCCUCUGAUCUGCGUGGAUUUGGACACUAUGGACAGCGGCUUUGUGGACUCGGACUGCGGGAGUCCCGUUGACUGUGACUUUGAGCAGAGCGGCCAGAGCAGCUGUGGAGCCAUCCCCCUGGAGCCGGACGGGGAGGACUUUCCACGGAGCUACGUCAAGCAGUGGGUCUGCUGCCGCCCCGACAGCCCCGUCAGCGGGACACAGGCAGACUGA